CUUAUUUAUUAUCUUCUUCAUUACUGUAAUUACAAGAAGAUUCAGCAAAAUGUAAUCAUUGAAUGACACAGAGACUUUUCUAAAAUCUUGUAUUUAUCAAGAACAUUCUAAAACCAUUAUGUGUUCUUAUCUUAUUGGUUAAGGAUUAAACUAAAUGUCAAAAUUCAGCCUAAAAUAGUCCAACUCUUAAUCCCAAAGGUAACAUCAUCAAAACCGCGUUUUAUAUAUGUAUAAUCCAAUCUUAUAAAUUAAAAAACCAAGUUCAACACAAUCCAUCACAUCCAUUUCAAUAGAAGACGAAGAACGUUUCAGAAUCAUCAACCAAAUUCAGAAAAUUUCAGCCAUGACAGGAUCACAAGAAGACCAACCUAAGAUCAUCAUUGAUCAAGAGCAACCCAAAACUCUAGAAACAGAGCACCAACCAGAACCUUCUUCAUCGUCUCCGGAUCAGAAGAAAUGGGGUACUCACGUGAUGGGAGCUCCGGCAGCUCCAGUUGCUCAUCCCGAUAACCAACAGGCGGCGGCGUGGGUCGCUGGAGAUAACCAGCAGACGCAGUACCAACCGUACGUCAUCUACUCUCCUGUCGAACAUCCAACAACUAACAACCCUCUCGAGCCAGUCAUCGGAAUGUUCCAUACCUGGAGUCGCAAGGCAGAAACCGUCGCACGUAACCUCUGGCACAAUCUGAAGACAGGACCGUCUAUGUCGGAAACGGCGUGGGGGAAGGUUAAUUUGACGGCCAAAGCGAUAACAAAAGGAGGAUUCGAGUCGCUUUUCAGACAGAUUUUCGGAACAGAGCCAAACGAGACGCUGAAGAAAACUUUCGCUUGUUAUCUCUCGACGACGACAGGUCCUGUUGCUGGAACUGUCUAUCUUUCGAAUGCUCGUGUCGCUUUUUGUAGCGAUCGUCCUCUGUACUUCACAGCACCUUCUGGUCAAGAAUCUUGGAGCUACUACAGGGUAAGUAAAGUCUUGCUUUUGUAAAAGAAUGAAUUUGGAGAUUGUUUUUAACGUAGGUCUAAUGUUGUUUGGUGUUUGGUUUUGUGGCAGGUGGUUGUACCUUUGGCGAAUGUAGCGACGGUGAAUCCGGUGGUGGUGAAAGAGACUCCACCUGAGAAGUAUAUUCAGUUGACGACGGUGGAUGGUCAUGACUUCUGGUUCAUGGGUUUUGUGAAUUAUGAGAAGGCUACGCAUCAUCUGCUGACCAGUGUCUCCGAUUUUCAAACCGCACACGGCUCUGUGUCUGGUUAAAACUGUUAGAGUAAAAUUCUUUUAGAGGUAAUGGAGAAAGUGUUUAAGUGUUUUGAGAGAGUUUUUUAGGAAAUAGAACUUUUAUUACUUUGCUUUAAACUUUGAAUACAACUUCACAACAUUGCAACAUUUGAGAGGGGGAGGAGGUAUUUAUAGCCUCCAAACUACAAAAUAUCUAAAAUAUUUUAAUCCUAAGUCUAGAGAGUUCUU